GCUCUUUGAGACUUUUCUUCAGGAACUAGUUUAAACUGGCAAAGCCACAGGCUGGCUCACUUUCGGGAGCCCAUGAAGAAAGAAUACCUGCCUCAGUUUGCAAAUAUUUGAGGUUCUAUUUUCUCUAGGUCCUCAAUGAAGUGUGUGGUGUGUUUAUAUUUAGCACAGCUAACACCUGCAACCUAAUAAUUUACCGGUAGAAGUCCUCAAAAUCACGGGCACUGUGAAGAAGAAAAUGCUUUAACGAGGGAAGAGCACACCUGAAAUCUUAAGCUUCUUCAAGGUUACUAGUGUAAACACCACAGGCACACGAGAAGGGAAAAAAAUGGAACGUUGAGGAGAAUGUACUGUACUACAUUUAUCUCAUAGUCUAAAAGAAGAGUACCAUUUGAAAUAAUGACAACAGGAGACCUAAAAGGAAGUUUAAGAAAAAUAGAGCAAGGACUUCGCUUGUUGAAUUAUCCAAGAGAUGUGGAUUAUACUGGGUUAAUAAAGGGUGAUCCAGCUGUAUUUUUACCCAUCAUCAGCUAUUCUUUUACAUCUUUCUCAACUUACAUAGCAGAACUUUUGGUGAAGUGUGAUGUAGAACUCACAGCAAAGAGUGACUUGCGUUUCAUUGAAGCUAUUUAUAAGCUUCUCCGAGACCUAUUUCAAUAUAAACCAAUUUUAACAAAACAGCAGUUUCUUCAGUUUGGCUUUGCAGAACGGAAAAUGCAGAUUGUUUGUGACAUUAUCAGCAGCGUGACGAAAAAGCAUAAGGAGUUAAGUAACUUGAAUAAGGCCAAAUCCCAAACAAGAAAGAAACUUGGAUCUUUUAAAUAUGAGCUGUGGUCACACUGUGAAAAAGUCCAUGCAGAUCCUGCUGGCAGUGCUAUGAAUUCCAGACAGCCUCAAGUAGAACGACAUCCAGAAUGUGAAGAGAGUGACAACCUUCCUCCUCCAGCCCUUCCCGCAGAGGAAGAUAAUGAAGAAUUACACUUAAAUCAUGAUGUUCUGGAAGACAAAUGUGAACAAGUCUUAGAAGAUAAUUCUCAGAUUGAGUUCCUAAAGAGUGAGCUUGCUGAUUGCCAGGAAAAACUGCAUAAGCUAGAUUGGAUGGAAGAUAAGCUACGUGUUUUAGAAGACAGACUGAAAGGAAAGGUGAUUAUCGAUGAGAAGGAUUGGAAUAAUUUGUUGAGUCGAGUUUUGCUCCUUGAAACAGAGCUGCUGUUGCAAUCCAAAAAGAAUGACUUAUCUACGGACUUCAACAAUGUAAGUCAAGAAUGUACUUCUAGCAGGAUUCCAGUUUCUCCUGAUGCAGAGGGGAAGGAGGAGAUGCCAGAGAGUCUUCAUCAGUCGUCUGGAUACAGUUCACUAUUAUCCACAGACCCAUCUCCCAAAGCCAUGACCAUUAAUUAUCAUGAUCUGACAAACUUUUCAAAGGAGACAACAAGACAAAGAAUGGAAAGGAUAAGUAAAAGGAUUGAAGAAACCUCAGAAUUGCUGAAAGCCUCAAGCAGCACCUCUGAGAAGACCUAAAAGAACAGGUCUGCAGGACCUGUACUUUGUAGUCUUAUGGAUAUCAUAAUUAAUAUAUGUUUGUAUAGCAUUAAAAUUUUAAUAUAUAAUUCCUAUAAUGAU